CAAACUUGCCAGAAGUUAUGUCAGUCGUUUAAUGCAACUGAGGUGGCAUCCAAUUCUUUUAUCGUUUGCUGGACUGAAUUAAGCAGACGGAAUAAUGUAUGACCAAGACAUCUACAACUCCGACAACUGUGUCGGUCGAUCAUAGCGCAAGAAGUUACACAUAGCUGUCCAAUAUCCAGCGUGGUCCUGCAGUGUACAUAAGAACACGCAAAUGUCAUACAUGUAAAUCUCGACAAAAGUUUACUUGUAAGACAAAUGGUGUGUCGGUCUGGACCCAAUUUCAUUAACUUCCAGAGAAGCUACAAUUUUCUUGUAGUCCUCCCGACAAGCCUCAAAGCCGUGCUUUUUAGUCCGUCUGUAUCACCAGCAUUUGAUCGAGAUGUACGUUUAUACGCUGCAUCAUCUUAUGCGACCAAACAAAUCUUUGGUGUUUCGCAACUGCAUCGUAAAUAAUGUCGAAUAUCUGUCACCUAUCAAACUGAGGCGCCUGAUGUUUCUGGGUACAAUAUUUUCUUCAUAGAUGCAUAAGUCCUU